AUGGCGCCUCUUCUUUUGGACCUACCAGUGGAACUUCUGUACCAGAUUUCCAGUCAACUCCCCAACAGCGCGAUCAAAACCCUGCGCCUAACGUGCUUGUUUGCACACAUGGUGUUCCGACUCCGAUUCAACCGAGUAUUCCUUUCACCACACCAACGCGAUAUUGAUGUUUUCUGUCAAGUGGCCAGUAGCGAGACAUUUAGACAUCAAAUUGUCCAGUUGGUUUGGGACCAGAACCGGUUUUGUCUAGGCAACAUCGGAGAUCGAGAUUCAUUCAACCCACUCUACCAAUUUACCCCUUUCAACUCAUCACACGAACUUGCAACAGAGAUGGUUCGAUUCCAGCGCAAUCGAAUUGCGAACACUGGUUGCUUGAUAUCAAACGAUUUCAGCGCCCCUAGCGGAAAUACUAUGUUUGAAUCUCGCAUCGCCAAGAUUAAUAAAUAUGUUCAAAUGCGUCGAGAGGCAAAUGAGCUGAGCAAUAGUGAUGCUUUCGCAUUAGAGUACUACAUCACCCGCUUUCCUUCACUGAGGCAGAUAAUCAUCAGCCAUUCGACCAACGGUUGGCUCUUCCAGCCAUUUUACGAAACACCUCUGAUUAGAAGUUUCCCUUCCCGCUUUAUCUACGAUGUUGAGCGAUCUGACUUCCCGUCACAACCUUUAACGCGUAUUAGUGAUCGGACUGAUUGGAGUGAAUACUCAAAGACUACUCGUGGUUAUAGGACCAUUUUCAAAGCACUCGCCGCCGCCAAGGAGCUACAGCUCGAGGAUAUAGUCAUAGAGGCCCCCAGUGGGGUCAAUUGCGGCCUCCCGUUUGAUUUUUUCACGCUGGGAAUGACAUCGGAUUAUUUGAAUUUUGUCGAGCUUCUCCGCCGCCAACACCUUCGCAGAUUUGACCUUACCAUCACGAUCUGGACCUUGAUACGAGACUAUGAGAAUCAGUCCCAUCCGCCUGUAAGGCUGCUGAAAGACGCACUGAGGGAGGCUGCAUCCCUGACACACUUCAGCUUCAAAGUAGAUUGUGCUGAUCCCAGACCUGAUGUCGAUUGGGUUCCUCUGAAAGCUUUGCUGCCUGUGGAUCGCUGGCCAAACUUGCGGCACUUCGAACUUUCCUAUUUUACAGUCAAACAAAACGACCUGGCUGAUCUUCUUGGUGAACUGCCUCGAAGCAUUCGAUCUAUUGAACUUGGUUUCCUAGUGUUUUUCGAGGAAUCGGAGAGUCUCGCCGGGCUUCUUGACGAAAUACUUAGAAGGGCAUUUUGGGAUGAAAGAGAUGAAAUGAACCGACCCCAUCUAGGCAUCUCCUUGCGUGUAAGCCGAAGGGCCUCAAGGAGCAUCGCCAUCAGGGUGGACGCUGAAAUUGAAAGUUUCUUAUAUAAGCAAGGAAUGAACCCAUUCCGUGGUGCACGGGGACCUAAUCAUGUCGAGUUGGGAAUAGGGACGGAGAGGGAUACCUUCAAUCCAGAAUGCGAAUGGCCUUGUGAUCAAAAUUUUGGUUGGAAAAAACAAAUCAACAUGGCCCAGAGGUGGGUGAAAACCAUGUCCAAGAGGGAACAGUAUCAGUUCGACCGCAUUGGGAAGUUGGUGGAAAAGAUAGAAGACGAUGCGGAUGACCUUGCGUAUGACCUUGCGGAUGAACUUCCGUGGGCCUUCUGA